AUCGCUUUAGUUGCUCACCAAACCUUGAACGUGCUGGAACACAAUACAAUACCGCAGUGUCGAUCGAAACGGAACGAAAUUGAAAACGCGUCAUCAAUCAGAAUAUUAAUUUUGUAGUUAAUUAUCAACAAAAUGCCAAAUCUAGCGCCAAAAAUCAAGCUUAAUAAUGGCCAGGAGAUGCCUGUGCUGGGUCUGGGCACCUGGAGAUCGUACGAAUCGGAAGCUUAUCAGGCCACAUGCUCGGCCAUCGACAUGGGCUACAGACACAUUGACACCGCAUUCGUCUACGAGAACGAGCAGGAGGUGGGCAAGGCGGUGCGGGAGAAGAUUGCCCAGGGCGUGAUCAGGCGUGAGGAGAUCUUUGUGACCACCAAACUGGGUGGCAUCCACCACGAUCCAGAGAUUGUCGAACGCGCCUUUCGACUGAGUCUUAACAACUUGGGUUUGGAGUACAUCGACUUGUAUUUAAUGCAUUUGCCGAUCGGACAAAAGUUUCACAACGACAACAAUGUGCAUGGAACUUUGGAACUGACCGAUGUCGAUUAUUUGGAUACAUGGCGGGAAAUGGAGAAACUCGUGGAUCUGGGACUUGCUCGCAGUAUUGGAUUGUCCAAUUUCAAUGCCGCUCAAACGGAGCGAGUUCUGAAGAAUUGUCGCAUUAAGCCCGUGGUGAAUCAAGUGGAAUGUCAUCCGGCAUUCCAGCAGCGUCAACUGCGUCAACAUGCCAAGGAACACAAUCUGGUGAUCUGCGCCUACUGCCCGCUGGCACGCCCACAACCCGCCCGCCACUGGCCGCCAUUCCUGUAUGAUGAGCAUGCCCAACAGUUGGCCAAGAAAUACGGUCGUACCUCGGCCCAAAUUUGCCUGCGUUAUCUCAUACAAAUUGGUGUUGUGCCGCUGCCAAAAUCAUCGAAUCCGUCGCGCAUUGCCGAGAACUUUAAUGUCUUUGAUUUUGAGCUGAAACCGGAGGAUGUGGCAUCCAUGGAGCGAUAUCAUACCGGUGUACGCACAGUUCCAUUUAGCGGCAUGGCCAGCCAUAAAUAUUAUCCAUUCAAUACAGAGUUCUAGUCUUAAGUUAAAUUACUUUUAAAAAUAAAUGGUGUCUUAGUAUUUUGAAUAAACAGACAAAGUUAAAUUAAACU